AUGUUUAAGACAAGCUACCGGCAUGAGGUGCACAAGGAAAAGUAUGAGCGCUCGGAUAUCUUUGAGGAUGAUGCUGAAGAAUCUGCAGGUAUCUCAGCCAUCCAGGGCUGGGAGAGCCUCCAGGAGCUCAACAGCCGUUUUGCCCGGUACAUCAACAGGGCAAGAGUCUUAGAGCAGCGCAAUGCCGUGUUCCGCAAGCAGCUGGAGACACUGCAGCGAAUGGAAGAGGCCAGCGGCUUGGAGGAAGCCUUCACAGAGCAGAUUGAAGUCAACAGGCAGCGCAUUCGAGAGCUGUUCUCCGACCAUGCCAAGCUGCAGCGGGAGCUGAAGGAUGCUUGCCGCAUGCUGGAUGAAUAUACCAACAAAUACAGAAAUGAAUGUGAUUAUCAGGAGCAGCUUCGAGGCACACUGGAACAGUUAAACAAGGAGGCUGACAGCGCUCUGCUGAGAAACCUGGAGUACCAGAUCCAGUCUCAGUUUCUGCAGGAUGACAUCAGUUCCACCAGAGACAGACACAAGAAGAACCUCGCAGAGAUCCAAACCUAUGUAAACAUUUUAAAGCAAAUCAACCAGACGCUCCCCCUUGUUCCCAAUGUGUCAGUUGGCAUCUCCGAGGAGAAGCUGCUGGCCCAAAAAAAAGUACCAGUGCUACAGAGUCAGCUGGAGGAAUACAAGAGUGCCCUCUGCCAGCUGCAGGCCCAGAAACAGCGACUACAGACUGAGAGUACAAUGUUGGAGCAAGCCAUCAAAAACACCCAGGAGAGCUAUGACGAUGAGAUCCAAAUGUACAAUGAGAAAAUCGAAUCUCUGCGGAAAGAGAUUGAGGAAACUGAGAGGUCCUUGGAGAAGUACACCAACGAAUGUCGCCACCUGGCAAUGUAUCAGACAUCCCUUGAGAAUGAGCUGGAGAGGUACAAGAGGAUCAUUGAGAAUGAAGAUAACAGGUUGAAUUCAGCAAUAAUUGGCACUCCCAUUACCCUGCUUACCCCUAAUUACCGCUACACUCCCAGAUCUACUGCAUCAAGCAGAGGGAGAGAUAUCACACAGGCUAUUCAGGAGAUCACCAGUAUCAAGCCACGACAGAAGAUAAUGGUUAAGAAGGGCCUGAAGAAGAAGGAUCUGACCCCAAAAGAUGUGAUGGAUAGUGGCCAGGAGGAAGAAAACAGAGCCAGUGGAGAGGGUCCAAAUGAAGAAACGAAGGGGGUCAAGUCUGAGGAGGUGCAAGAGGAGGGGGUGAAGAGAGAAGAGCAGAGACCUGCUUUCAGUGGAGUGUCUCCACAGGAUGUUCCAGAUGGAGCUCAGAUUAGCAAAGCCUUUGACACUCUCUGUAACAUUGUCAGAGAAAGAAUGAGGAAAUACAAGAAGCCUGAACCAAUCGCUGAUUUCUACACCAAGGGUCGUUAUGUGCUUGUCACCGGUGACGGAAGCUACCUAGAUCCCUGCUUCUACACCUCCACACCAUCAGCUGGCCACAUCUUUGUUACUAUCAGAGAUGGAAUGAUGGCUCCCUAUGAACCUUAUGGGCGUGACACACCAUCCCCUCCACCUCCUCAACCCAUGAUAGAUCCAAGGCCUCUCAGUCCAACCGUGCCCACCUCUGGAGGAGAAGGAAAGGAGGAUAAAAAGGGUGGAAUACAAAAGGAUAACGGAGAAAAAGGUAAAGACAACAAUAGAGAGCCUCAACCUCACUCAAAGGAGCCAAGACCAGUAUCUCCACCCUCUGGCCCAAGCUCUGGCCCCAAAGAUCCCACCCCAGGUGCUAAACAUCCCAAGAAAACUAGGGAUGACAACGGUCCAAGCGGGCCCACUCCAAAGCCUGCACCUCGUGGUGCCAGCACCAGCUCCAGUUCAAGUUCCAGCACUAGCACCAGCACCAGCUCGACUAGCUUUACUCCAGAUGCCAUGACUUACGAGAAGGUGGAGGUUGUGGAGUCUGUGGAAAAGUUCGCCAAUGGCCGCAAGAUUAAAGGUUAUGAGGAAACUUCCGUGGUGGUGGAGACCAUGAUUGAGAAGUCCAGCAAGAAGAAACACUGA